AUGCUGCACAGUGUAUUUGCUAGGCGACUAAGGGCUAAUAGCGAGGCCGCUAAGCCCUUAGUGCUGAUGUUUGUGCGAAACUUGACCUCAAAGAAUGUCCUGCAAACGCUUCGAGAUAGGGGACUUCUGGCGCAGGUGUCACAACCAGAAAACGUCCUUCGAACAAAGUUGGAAAGCGGGGAGAAGCUAAAACUCUAUUGUGGGGCAGAUCCCACUGCUGAGUCGCUGCAUCUGGGCAAUCUGUUGCCAUUAAUGGUCCUUCUCCAUUUUUACAUCAAAGGACAUGAUGUUUACACACUGGUGGGCGGGGCUACUGGAAUAGUCGGCGACCCUAGCGGCAGAAAAACGGAAAGGACAGCGAUUGAAGAAACGAAGCGACAGAGUAAUGUUUCAAACAUCCAGGGUCAACUGCAAAGGUUUUUUGAGAACGGGCUGGCCUAUUACAAAGGAAGAUACGGACAUGUAUCGAACGGCAAAGCUGUACAUACAAACAAUUAUGACUGGUGGCACGACAUGAAGAUGCUAGACUUUCUGGGGCGGUACGGAAGGCAUAUAAGGGUCCAGUCCAUGUUAUCGCGCGACUCUGUGUCUUCGCGGCUCGGCAGCCAAGAUGGCAUAGGCUUCAACGAAUUCACAUAUCAGAUCCUGCAAGCUUAUGAUUUUUACCACUUGAAUCAAAUCCACGGUGUCGCUGUUCAAGUUGGCGGCAAUGACCAAUGGGGGAAUAUCACUGCUGGGAUUGACCUUAUCAGCCGGAUAGGGUCUAAAAGUCAACCCUUUGGUUUGACAGUUCCCCUGUUAACCACCUCUACCGGCGAAAAAUUUGGCAAAAGUGCGGGGAAUGCUGUAUUUAUUGACCCCACUAUGAAUACAUCCUUCGACAUGUAUCAAUUCUUUAUGCAUACUACAGAUGAAGAUGUUGCGAAGCUUCUACGAAUUUUUACUUUGUUACCUUUACAAGAGAUCAAUGCAGUUGUUCAGACACAUAUGGAAAGCCCAAAAGAUCGCAUCGCUCAAAAAUUACUGGGACGUGAAGUUGUCGACUUGGUACAUGGGAGUGGCAGAGGCAAUGACGCUGAGAUGGUAUCAGAGAUUCUCUUUGGUAAUCAUCAACUGCAGCUACCCGCUAACGAGCUGAUUAGGCUCUUCCGCGAAGCGAGGCAUCUCGUCAGUUUCCCAAGAGGCCUCUCCUUGGAAGAAUUACUCGUACGAGUUACCGGCUGCUCAAGGUCAGAAGCUCGUCGCAAACUUAAACAGGGCAGCGUUUACUUAGGCUCAGAUAAAACUCGAGUCCUCAAUGACAUUGAAAGCCUCGAGCAGUUUUAUAUAGACGAUCAAGUUCUCAUACUCAGAAUUGGCAAGCAAAAAUGUUUUGUGAUCGAAAUCGUCUAG